AUGUUUGUGGCUCCUUGGAACUCCGAAGGCUCUUUAAAAAUUCCCAAAAUCUCUACUGUUCCAGCUUGGGUGACCCUACAAAAUAUCCCAACCAGCUACUACUCUAGACUUGGAAUCUCGCACAUUGCUUCAGGUCUAGGUGAGCCUAUGCUUACGCAUAAGCCAAGGCUUGAUCCCUUAAAUAUUGGAGAGGCUAAGAUCUUGGUGGAAAUAGAGCUCGACAAGAGUUUCCCCAAACAGAUUGCUUUGGACGACAAGCUUGGUAACAUAUUUUUAGUUGAUGUGAUCUACUCUUGGAUUCCAUCAACUUGUGAAAGAUGUGGGAGUCUAGGUCACAAAGCAAAGAGGUGUUUACUAAAGGAAGACAAGAUUCCACCAACAAAUGAAAAAAGAUCUGAACACAAGGAUGUGGAUAUCCCAGUGGUUGCUAUAGACUCCUUCUUGGAUAAUACUGAUUCUGAUGUCCAGCAGAAUUGUGUCACUCCUAAGGUGCCAAGAGAGAGUAUCAAGGCCAACAACAUCAUAAGUGAGCUGCCUAAUCUAGCAGUAGAUCAGAUUCUAGGACAAGAGCUUGGUCCUCAACAAACUGUUCUUACACCUCAACAUGUUCCCUUUCAAUUCGGGAAGCCAGGAGCGUCCUCAACGCACAUUAAUUCUUCACCAGCAACUACUGACUCUGUGUCUCCUCGGGUAGCUCUUCCUCACAAGGAUAACUCUGCUACUUAUAAAUCACUUCCGGAUGCAAAGGUUACCUAUUCAUCUACCCUAGCAGGUACAUCAUCUGCUCACACUUCUUUCCAAGUUAUGGACGAUGCUCCAUCAGAAAUUACCAUGAAUGAGGGUACAGCACUCUCAGAAAAUGAUCCUUUAAAAAUGACCCCUCUUUCAACCGAGUCAAUCCAAGAAGUAAGUAAUAUGGAGAGUAAUUUUCAUAUUACUGAACAAAUGGAUGAAUUUGGAAGCAUGACAAGAGGAGGUCAGUUGAUCAAACCGACACAAAAAUACCAAGAUAUGGGAUGGAUGACAGUUUGUGGCAGAGGAAAACGAGGCCGUAGAGGUCGAGGUUCCUAUCAAGCGCAAUAA